UCCCAUUCGAAUAUUAUCCCGGCGCCGCGUCGCCUCGCAGCAGUGCGUCAAAUCGAGGCGACGAGAAGUUUUCAGAGGGCACGGUUUUGUGAGUCCCGCCGUUUUCCGUUUUGCAAAAAUCCUCUUCGGACGUGACUUAACGCCGUGCGCGCUCCUGCGAAGACCCGGGUCGAGACCGGUCGAAUAAUACACACCUCGGUGUCUUAAGUAGAGUAAAAAAAAAAGAAAGAGAAAAGAAAAAACAGUCGAAUUUCGCGCCGCCACCAUGGUAUGUUCUAUCGAUGAUAUUGCUGACGAGCUGCCGCCGGAACAAAUUGCCGUUCUGCGCAAAGCUUUCGAUAGCUUCGAUAGUGGCAAAACCGGCAGCAUUCCCACUGACAUGGUAGCCGAUAUCCUUCGGCUAAUGGGGCAACCGUUCAACAAGAAGAUCUUGGACGAGCUCAUCGACGAAGUCGACGCCGAUAAAUCUGGACGGCUCGAGUUUGACGAAUUCGUCACGUUGGCGGCGAAAUUUAUUGUUGAGGAAGACGCGGAGGCGCUGGAAAAGGAGCUACGGGAAGCCUUCAGGCUCUAUGACAAGGAAGGUAACGGCUACAUCCCAACGACAUGCUUACGUGAAAUUUUAAGAGAAUUGGACGAUCAAUUGACGAACGAGGAAUUGGACAUGAUGAUCGAGGAAAUCGAUUCUGAUGGUUCUGGUACAGUUGAUUUUGACGAGUUUAUGGAGAUGAUGACCGGUGAAUAAUUAUCCUGAAUGAUUGGUGAACUGCUUUUGGAUCUAAAGACACUUAUGCAAUCCAUACAAUCACAUCUUGAAACUAAUCAUUCAUGUGUUUACAAAGAAUCAAUGCACAUCGAAUUUUUUCGCACAGAGAUAUUUUCCACAUUUCGUGAUUAGUCUUGGAAGUAAAUUCCCACCAUAAACGUCGCAUUACGUCGGAAUGAAUUAUUUCCAGCUUUUAUACAAGCGUCAUAUUUAUUAUGAAACAGUGAAUUUUGCUUUCAUACACUUACAUAAGGCUUGGAAACUUUUUCAUUGAGAAAUCAGUAUACUUAUUGUUAAUAAAACCAAGAUAAGUCUCACA